UGAUAUUAACUGACAUGAUUGAAUUACAAAAGAGUGAGAAAGAUAAGAAAUUUACUCACAUUCCGGCGCUGCUUUUAUCUCUCAGCCAUAUCUAACAUCUUCUUUUAUAAAAAAAAAAAUAUAUCAUCCAAAUAUUUUAUUUGUUGUUAUUCCCGAUGCCUACUUGACGACCUGCACUAUACAUAAAAUAGUGACUCCGACUCCCGAAGCUAAUCUAUUGCCUCCCUUUUAUGUGAACAGAACAACAAUAGCAGUUUAAACUUUAAAGUAGAAUAGGGAUUUAACUUAGUAUUUAUACUCAACAAAAUAUUUAAGCUGAUUAUAAAGAUACUAAUUGACAAAGAGGAUGGAAGAGCCUGUUUCUCUCUCACAUUUCGGCCCUGCUUCCUGAGGCAUGCCUAUUAGCUUCAGCAUUAUGCAGAUGCUAUUACUUCUCUUCUUCAAUCUCUGUAUAUUUCCUCAUUAUUGUAACACAUUGCAUGCAAGCAGAGUCACUCAUCUUCCAGGCUUCAAUGGCUCACUCCCUUUCUAUCUUGAAACUGGCUAUGUGACCGUCAAUGAAAAGAGCGGUGCAGAGCUCUUCUACUACUUUGUAGAGUCUGAUAGGAAGCCCAAAGAUGAUCCACUCAUCCUUUGGCUUGUUGGUGGCCCUUACUGCUCUGGUUUUAUUGGCUUCGCCUUAAAUAUUGGCCCUCUUAAGUUUAAUGUAAAAGCAUAUGAUGGAACUUUGCCUACUUUAAUUUCAAAUCCUUAUUCAUGGACAAAGAUCUCCAGCAUUAUCUUUUUGGAUUGGCCUGUGGGGACUGGAUUCUCAUUUUCAAGAAGCAUGGUGGAUUAUCAUACUGAUGAUGUACAAUCCACAAAACAAAUCUAUAAGUUCCUUAUAAAGUGGUUGCUU